CGGUCCAAUUUCUUUCUCUGGGCCUUAUCCCUCCCCCUCUCCGCUGCUCUCCAUCUUGAAUGGCGAUGGCUUCCUCUUCGCUCUCGCCGUGGAGUAUGGCCACUCUUCGGGCCGCUCUUCCCCCGUCUCCCUCUCCUCGCCCUACUUCGGUUCGCUUCCCACCUCCUUCGUCCUUCCCUUCGUCGUCUCGAGUGGGUUCUGGUCGUGCUCGGUCCGUGCCCUUGCAGGCUUUUUCUGGCCUUGCUCCGAUGAGUCUUCUUCUCUCUGUCGGCAUGGGGGUUGAUAACUUUGAGCAUAUGCUUGGCAAUAUUGACUUUGGGAGCAAAUUCUACGCAAUGAGACAUGGAAGACGUGUUCCAAAACUCAAUAGACCCCCAGAUCAACGUCGAGCUCUUCUGCGUGGUCUUACAACACAAUUACUAAAACAUGGUAGGAUAAAAACUACCAGAGCAAGGGCAAGUGCAAUGAGGAAAUUUGUGGACAAGAUGAUAACAUUGGCAAAGGAUGGUUCUCUCCAUAAGAGAAGACAAGCAUUGGGCUUCAUAUAUGAGAAGCAAAUUGUCCAUGCAUUGUUUGCAGAGGUCCCAGAUAGAUAUGGAGACAGGAACGGAGGCUAUACGAGAAUCAUCAGAACUCUACCAAGGCGUGGAGACAAUGCACCUAUGGCUUACAUUGAACUUGUUUAGAGCUUACCGGUGCACCAUUUUUCUGAGCAAGAAAAGGGGAUGAAAGAUUCUCAAAAUUGAACUGCAUAAUUCGAGGGCAUUUUAAUUCUCCAUUCCUUGCAACCACAUUUGUAUCCUUUUGCUUCCUGUCUAUUGUUCAAGUUCUUCAAACGUCUUUAUUGCUGCAUGUAGCCAGACUUAGCAAUUAUGCUACAUCUUCGGUUGUUCUACAUCUUCAAUCUCACAGGAGGAGAAUUGUGUAAUAGAUGCUGUUUUUCCCCAGAUGAUGACCUGUUGAACCUGAGAUGUUAAGUGGAAUUGGUCAUAAUCGACUUCAAAACGUGUGUUCAAUCGAAA